AUGCCCGGAGGCGGUGGUGGGGGCAUGCCCGGAGGAGGAGGUGGUGGCAUGCCCGGCCCCGGUGGCGGCGGUGGUGGCAUGCCCGGUCCUGGUGGCGGUGGUGGUGGCAUUCCCGGAGGCGGAGGAGGAGGGCCUCCUGGAGGAGGUGGUGGUGGCAUUCCCGGAGGCGGAGGGGGAGGUCCUCCUGGAGGAGGCGGGGGAGGAGGGCCUCCUGGAGGAGGCGGUGGUGGCAUGCCCGGUCCUGGUGGCGGUGGUGGUGGUGGUGGCAUUCCCGGUCCUGGUGGCGGUGGUGGUGGUGGUGGCAUUCCCGGUCCUGGUGGCGGUGGUGGUGGUCGUGGAAACUCGUCAGAAGGAGGCGGUGUUGCAGGGCGUGUGGCUGUCAGGAGACUGGGAGGAAGAGGACCGCCCGGAGGAGGCGGUGGUGGCAUGCCCGGGCCCGGUGGCGGUGGUAGUGGCAUGCCCGGGCCCGGUGGCGGCUGUGGUGGCAUGCCCGGGCCCGGUGGCGGUGGUAGUGGCAUGCCUGGUCCCGGUGGUGGUGGCAUUCCCGGAGGACCAGGAGGUAGUUGUCGCCUUUGGUGUUGA